CGCGGCGCCGGGGCUGCUUUGCGGAAGUGCACUGGGGGCGGCCGGCUGGUGGAAGAUGGCGGGAGUGCAGAGCAGCUCCCGGUACCCGGAGGGAUCGGCGCUUCAGGACCCGCUGUCCCGCUUCACCUGCCCCGUCUGCUUGGAGGUGUUUGAGAGCCCGGUGCGGGCCCCCUGCGGCCAUGUCUUUUGCACUCCAUGCCUGCAGGAAUGUCUGAAGCCUAUUGAACCAGUUUGUGGAGUCUGCCGCAGUACCCUGUCUCCUGGCAGUAGAGCUGUGGACCUGGAACAGCAAAUUGAAAUGACAGAAACCACUUGUGAUGGCUGCAAUAAAAAAAUGUACCUCUCAAAGAUGCGUAGUCAUGCAGCUUCUUGUUCAAAAUACCAGAAUUAUAUAAUGGAAGGCGUUAAAGCUGUAACUAAAGAACCACCUCGUAACACCAGGAAUGUUCCAAAUCGUUUUACCUUUCCUUGUCCUUACUGCAGUGAGAAAAACUUUGAUCAGGAAGGACUAGUUGAACAUUGCAAAAAAUACCACAGCAUGGAUGCAAAACAAGUGGUUUGCCCAAUUUGUGCCUCGAUGCCAUGGGGAGAUCCAAAUUACAGGAGUGCUAACUUCAUGGAACAUCUUCAACGGCGACAUCAGUUUUCCUAUGAUACUUUUGUGGAUUAUGAUGCUGAUGAAGAUGACAUGAUGGCACAGGUUUUACUACGUUCAUUGAGGGAUCAGUGAACUAAGUGGGAGAUAAACUGUAUGAUACCAACCUUCCAUUAGGUGAAAAUACACAGCAUCCCUGACACCUAUCCUUUCUCAUCCCAAGAUGAUCCCACACAUCUGAAAAUAAAUAUGGAAGAUUUCUGAA